AUGGCGAGCGCGGAGCCCAGCACGCCCGGGAUGCGGGCUUCUACCCCGGGACCCCGGCCCGGCGGGACCCCGGACUGCGCACCGGGCGCCGCGAGGCUGCCCUUCGGGCGAAGCGGCAGCGGAGUCCCCCGACUCGGGGAGCGGCCCCGGGCUGUUGUGGAGAAGAGGGGACCGUACAUGGUGACGCGCGCGCCUUCCAUUCAGGCCAAGCUGCAGAAGCACCGGGACCUGGCCAAGGCCGUUCUGCGGAGAAAAGGCAUGCUGGGGGCUUCGCCGAACCGCCCCGAUUCUUCAGGGAAAAGGUCAGUGAAGUUUAACAAGGGCUACACUGCCCUUAGUCAGAGUCCAGAUGAAAACCUGGUGUCCCUCGACUCUGACAGUGAUGGGGAGCUGGAAUCCAGAUACUCCUCCGGGUAUUCCUCUGCAGAGCAGGUGAACCAGGAAGUGAGCCGGCAGCUGCUCCAGGAUGGGUAUCACCUGGAUGAGAUUCCAGAUGAUGAGGACUUGGAUCUCAUCCCUCCCAAGCCUAUGGCCUCUUCAACAUGUUCCUGCUGCUGGUGCUGUCUUGGGGACUCUUCCUCCUGUACCCUCCAAUAG